AAAAUGCAUCAUGGCCGAUGGUCUGUAUGAGGUUCAAGAAAUCAUAGGAAGAAGAGUUACAGAAUCUGGAAAACAAGAGUUCUUAGUUCACUGGAAAAGAUACCACGCACGCGAAAGUACCUGGGAACCUUUAGAGAAUAUUAAUUUACAUACUGCUACGGAGUUCCUGUAUAAAGCAUACCCUAUUCCAGGAGUCCGUCCCUUAGAGAUUCUUCACCUCAAACCCAAAAAGCCUGUAAGCAUAGCAAAACCAUUAAAACUCAAAAGAGUCUCAGAAAUGAAUAAGAAAAAGUUGAAAGGUAUUGCAAACAAAGCCGUUCUUGAUGAAAUCAUGAAAGAACGGGCAAAAGAGAUUGAAAUGAAAAAGGAGCAAAAGAGGGGACGUCGCAGGAAACGAAAGUCUGAUGAUGAUGUUGCACGGUUUGUCUUACGAAGUGAAGAUGGUGAAACGCAAUUUAAUGGCUUACCACCAAAACGAAGUUUGAGAUCCGACUCAGGAGGUCCAGAGCACCAAAGCCCUCAGAAGAAGGUGUAUGGAGAGAAUAUGAAGCAACGAAAUAAUUUCCGAAAACUUCGAUCACCAAGGAAAAGUAAAGACAAGGCAUUACUUGCGAUGGCUACCGCAUGUGUGGCAAACAAUUUUAAUUGGUCGGAUGAGGAUCAUUUCAUGACAGAUAGGACUGUCCGCAGAACACAUAUUAAAGAAAUAACAGAAACUGUAUCCGUAACAAAAGAAGGUCCUGUUACCAAGCUUACACUUUGUAAUGAAAGUAAAAAGAAUGCACUUACCAUUGCGAUGUGUGAGCAGAUGAUUUCAGCCCUCCAUGACGCUGCAAAGGAGGAUGUUAAUGUUGUUGUUAUCACAGGAUCAGGGAACUCCUUCUGUAGUGGACUGGACUACAGUUGUGUCUUUGAUAACUUUCGUGGAGCUCAUCAUAAAAGCCAUGCUAAACUACUAGUAGAAAAAUUCAAACUUUUGGUAGAAAUGAUCAUCAAUUUUAGCAAACCUCUCGUAGCGGCAGUCAAUGGGGAUGCAUUAGGUUGUGGAACAUCAAUAUUAGCUCUCUGUGAUAUUAUCUACAUAAAUAGUAAGUCCACACUUCAAAUGGGUUUUGCUAAAUGGGGACACACGCCUAUUGGCUGUUCUUCUUUCACUCUACCUCAAAUACUUGGAAGAAUGAAGGCAUGCUCCAUGUUGUUAUUGAAUGAGGAGAUGAUUGCGACAGAGGCCCUUGACAAUGGUCUUGCAAUGGAAGUGUUUGAUUCAAAGACCUUCAGUGAAGAAGUCAGAGAAAGAGUAUAUCGUCUUGCAGACAUGCCUUCUAAGUGUGUUCAAGACACAAAAAGUAUGCUUCAGCAGUAUGACUUGCAAACCCUACACGACAUCAAUGCCGAUGAAUGCAAGUUGCUUGUCAAGUAUCUCAGUGAUGAACAAGGUAUUGCAAGCAUGUCCAAGUCAUGGAAGGCAGAUGUAAUGGGAUAACGCAUCACCUGAUCAGUUUUAUCUGUAUAUAAACAAAGUAGAUCUAAAACAUAUUUCUUUAGAUAGUAACAUACAUUAAUUUCUUAUACGCAUUUACACAACAGUCUCUGUCACAGUUCCCUGUGCCAUCUUGAAAAAUAACCGUUCCUGUGCAUUGAAGAAGGAAUGGCGGUGACCUUGCAAUGAUAGAUACCUUUAUUAACAUGUUGGACAAUUAUUCACAUCUCUAUCUUGUAAGGUCACUGCUAUUCUCCCUUCAAUGCACAGGUACAGUUACAUUUCAAGAUGGCACAGGAAACUGAAUACUAUGUACCCAACAAAGCCCAAGGCAUUUUUUUUUCUGUCUUCCAUCAAUCAAAAUAAUCUAAAAAUUUGAUUGACAGAUGUCAAUAUAACAUUUUAUGUAGUUGUUUGGGUCGCAUAAAUAUGAAAAUGGGUAUAAGGUUCAGACAGAUGAUGCGGCAUUGCUUGCAACAGAGAGAAUUGCACAUCUGCAAUGCAUGGAGAAAUAUAUACAAUGUUGCCACAGAUCAAAGAAAGUAAAAAUGAAUAACACUUUUGCUACUUUGUAUGCAGUCACACGAAUGCAUGCAUACGGAUAUUCUUCCAUGUUGAAUGCAAUUGCAUCAAGUGUCUGCAAUUCUAGAGUAACUUUUAUAUAAGUGGUACACUCUGACUUACAGCAUGCAUGGUACAGUAUGCAGUGCAUUGAAGUGGAUCACAAUUGUUUUCGUACCAUUAAUCCAAUCAAUGCUUCGUUACCUAAACAUACAUAAUGCGGUGGACUAACGUUGUAUGAGUCUGUUAGCACAGGGGAUUCCACUUGUAUGAAAUCUUCUCUAUUUUCAAAUCUUCAUUGCGUCACAUCUAAAUAGACCCUUCACAGUUCCUUGUACCAUCUUGAAAGGUAACCGUACCUGUGCAUCGAAGACUGCCAGUGGUGACCUUGUAAUGAUAGAGACCUUUUUGACACCUUGAAGAAUUAUUCAUGUCUCACUUCAAUGCACAGGCAGUUACCUUUCAAAAUGAUACAGGGAACUGUGAAGGGGACUAUUCCUUUGAGAUGUUCUUAUGGUAGAAUAGAAUGCUAAAGAUUAGACAGUAUUUCUUCUUAGUUAGACAUUAUUUUAUCCUUUUGAUAAAGCCAGGAGUUUUUUCUGUUUUUGAAUUUUUUUAUUAACCAGGUUGACACCCUACUGAUAACCUACCAACACCCUACUGACAACCUACCAACACCCUACUGACAGCCUUCCAACACCCUACUGACAACCUGCCAAUACCCUACUAAAAACCCACCAGCACCCUAUUGACAACCUACCAACACCCUUCUGACAACCUACCAACACUCUAUUUACAACACACUAACACCCUGCCGACAACCCAACAUCAACUAACAACCCACUAACUUUUCCAUUGCAUCGUACAAAUUACUUGGCACUUUUUGGCAAUAUUUUGGCACUUUUUCAAAUGAUAAUUACCGUUUAUUUAUUUACAGUGAUUUUAACCAUGUUUCACUCAUGUACAUAAUAGUAAAUAAGUGAAUUCAAAUUAUUGUCACACUCUUUCAUUAACAAUUAAGACAUCCUUCUUAAAACAAUUCAUUGAACUUUUAAGGUUUUUGUAAUUUUAUGGCCAAUUUUUUUAAAGGCUCAUUUUAUGUAAGUAAUCUUAAGCAAUAGAAUGUGUGCAACCAUGUGACUCUUGAGAUAUGAAUAACAAUGAAACAGCCACCAUUUUGGUUGAUGUAACAAGAGAAGCUUAUGAGGAAUGCUUUGUUAUUGUCAACCAAGAUGGCGGCUAUGAUGUAACAUGAACCUGCUCUAUUGAAGAAAUUUUUAAAUUUAGACCAUUGCAUGAAAUAAAUGAAGCAAUUUUCUUUUCAAUUUACGCUUCCACAAUGUAUACAUCCAGCUGAUCUGAGAGAAAAUGUUAGCCAAUUAGAAUCUAGAUUUGCUACUUUCGAGGUAUCACUUUUCAUCUUAGUAAAAUUGAUUUUCAGGCACCGAAUGAGAAAGGCUCGUCAUUCUUUGUUUGCACAUGACGACAUCGUUGCCAUCUUGGUUGAAUUUAACACAAAAGAAUUGUCAAUGAAUUCUUGUUAUAUCAACCAACAUGGCCACCAUGUCAUUAUUUCACUUAGAAAUGAUUGAAAAUCAAUGUCUAAAUUGCAGACUUAGUUGCACCAAAUGUCGCAUUUUUCGCAUUCAUUUACACACACUCUAAUUUCGCUCAAUUUUUCACAUUCCUAAUUUUAGUGCUAAGUUUAGCUCAAAAAUUCAAUCCGAGGGGAUAAAAGACAAUAGAUUAGUCUUUUACUUAAUGUGCCCUUGUUUCGCAUGUAGGCUAUAAUUUUAUACAUUUUAAAAGAUAUGUGUAUGUCAUUGGGGAAUAUUUUUAAUGUAUAGUAUGAGUAAUAAAAUCCGUCAUAGAUCAA